UACCAGCUUGCUACGGACAUGCUCACCUGUAAAGCAAUCUGCCAUGGUCUUCCAGCGGGCACAUGUCGCAAUGGUGGUACCUGUGUUCAGCCAGAUGUGUGUGAGUGUCCGGGUGGAUUCUCUGCGCCUGCGUGCAACGAUACCAAUGAAUGUCUCUCCGAAAUGGCGGAUGUGAGCACCAGUGUGAGAAUACAGAGGGAUCCUUCCGGUGUAGAUGUUCCUCUGGAUACCUGUUAGCUGAGGAUGGAAAGGCGUGCACCGAUAUUGAUGAAUGCGCAGAGGGUACUUCCGGCUGCAGCAAUUUUUGUGUCAAUGAUCCCGGUAGUUUCCACUGCAGUUGCCCUCUGGGAUACCAGCUUGGAGUAGAUGGGCGUCAGUGUCAAGACUUGGACGAAUGCCAGGCUAAUAACGGUGGCUGUAGUCAGACGUGUUCCAACUCUGAGGGCUCUUUCGCGUGUUCAUGUCGAGAUGGUUUUGUCCUCGAUGAGGACAAGAAAACAUGCAGAGAUGCUUCAGACUGCGGUAACAAACAGUUCGUCUGGUGCUGGCCACAGUGUAACCAAGCAGCGUCUUCCUGUGAGUGCCCCUCUGGACACGUGCUUCACAGCAAUGGGAUUAACUGCGUAGACCCUUGUUUUAUCAAGCCCUGUCAACAUAACGGCGUGUGCUCCAAACCCUCCUCUGAUGCAACAACUUUUACUUGUGACUGUACCAACACGGGUUACCAAGGAGACCGGUGUGAAACAGGAAUCAUCUCAUUGCCUGACAAGGUACGAGUCAGAGCCGGGGUUCUGUCUGACAAUUUCGUGGUGACAGCUUUUCCGGAGCAGGAGUUAAUCCUUAGUGCAAUGAAGAAUGAUGACGUGCAGGUUUUCCCUGGACAAGUGUUCAUCCGGAGUCCAGCUACUAGCGCCACUUUUAAAAUUCUCUCUCCUGACAGCGGAAAAUUCCUCGUCAGCUUCAAAGCGUCUGGAGUAGACGCUGGAUCUUUUAGUGACGUCACCACUCUCGAGAUUCUGUCCGAUGACGUCUUCUCAAAAUACCAAAUUCCCUUCGAGGGACUUCCGGAGGGGAAUUUCUUCAUCGACCUCAGUCUCCAAGGUGAAGACUAUAAGUUCACGUCCACGUCUCAGUGGUACCGACUGAACUCUAACCCAAAUGUCUUCUUCACCAAAGGUGUCACAUUCUCCUCUGUUGGAAAUCUCUCAGUGCCCAUGUCUGUUAACGGUCUGGAGGUAAACGUAAACAACCAGUUAACAGUAGGUCCUGUGAGUGGCCAUCGGCGCCCCGACGUAGGAUCGACUGUUUCAGGGGAAGUCAUGAGAAGAGCGAGACACGCUCCUUUUGAACUCUCAGUCAAAGAUAUCAACGACUUCAUCAAGGAACACAGUUUAUUACGACAGCUUUUUGUGUUGCUUGAGCCUUUGUUGCCGAAUUGGUUGAGAAUGUUUGUCGGCACAAACUCUCCGCAACCCUUCUUUUUUGCAACGAUUGCUACCGGAAGUACAGUAAAGAAGACAACCUAUUGCAAAGGCGCGCCAGUUUUUGAUGAUACCAGAUAUCACGUAUUCCGCUUUACUCAUGCCAUUGUACUGACUCUUGUCAACCAAGAUGUGUAUUUGCCAGAACUCCACAGUGAGCAGUACUGCAUCAUCCUGGACUUGUAUAAAGAUUCCGGCACGACAUUCAUGGUGAUGUUUCCCGAUAAAGCAGGUGCUCUGUUAGAGAAAGUUGAAGUCUUCAAAAAACUGAAAGAAGAUACUGGUGUGAGGGUUUUUCCCAACGGCAUUGGAUUUUCUUUGUUUAGAAAGCUAAACGUACGCCCCAUCGGGUCUGAACUUGAACUGUGGAACGGGGAUGAAACAUUCAAAUAUCCCCUUAGUCAGACGGCCUCGUUUUGGGUAUCAUUGGACGUUAGUCGAGUUCGAGAUCCCAACAAAGUCUUUGACUUUUCAGUAGCCCCAGUUCCCGUGGAAACUUACGCAGCUCUGCCUGAUAUCCGAAAGAUUUUCACGCACGUGUUUGUUGACCCUUGGGAAGUUUACCUGAAGACUGGCGGGAAGCCAAUGGAAGUGACUCUGUACGUCACGAUAUUGAAGAGGACAGCUCCAAUUUCCUUGUCAUUUGGCAAUUUAUUGCAACACACUUUACAAGCGUUUGGAUCUGUUGGAGGCCCAGGACCGAGAACAUACUGUGGACCCCAAGCCAACCCUCCUGGCGUUUUCACCACAGUUUUCGUUGACGCCAAACUUCUCCGUGGCAUCCCUGUCAUUCAGGAUCUUGUCUUUAACAUCGACAUGGAAGCUGAUUUCUUUUACCGUCUCGAUGAUGUCGACAUUUCCAAAGUUCCUCGCCCGAUUGAUAUCAUCAAGUCUGUUUUGACCCAUGUUAAACAGGCUGUUAUUGAGCUCUUAAACUUCGUCGUGACUGAAAUUCAAAAAUACGUCGGGGUCAUCGCACCAGUCAUAUUUGAAGCAAUACAAGAAUUUCGACAACACAUGCAAACGCUCUUGCAACUGGUCAACCAGUUUUUGGACAAAUUCAACUUGACGGCCUUGAUAACAAAUGUGGGCGAUCUUGUCAAAGAUAUCAUAGAGAGCAUCAAUAAUCUGGUUCAGAAAGUCAGACAGCUGGUGGACCUUAUCAAACUGAUGUUCGAAAAAACCCUCGAGAACUUCAUAACAUUUGUGAAAACGAAGGUGGAUGAGAUUAAGAACAACACGCUAACUAUGGUACAGUCUCUCUACAACGAGACUGUCGGCAUCUUCAAGGGCCCAAAAACAUUCGGAAUUCGCGGUUUCUUCUCAGUAACUGUUUUGGGUAAGGGUUUCGGUAUCGAGGGUGAGUUCGUGAAAUCUGACGCUCAUUUACGGCGCUGUGGGAAUUUAGUGGAAAUCUACGAUCACAUGAAUGGAGAAGCAGCAUGGCGAGCCUUCGGAGUCAUUGAUGGAUUCAAGAUUGAUCUUGCCAGUGGUAAAGCAUCCAGCGGAGGGAAAAUAACGAGUAAACUUUGGAGUCUCCUUUCUGUGAAACUAGGAUUUGGUUUUGGACUCGCCUUGGCCAGUGACAGCAACAACUUUGUAGUACAGUUUCACGCUCGCUUGAAUUUCUUUGGAGCCAAAGCCAGCGCAGAUGUCUUCGUCACGAACAAGGAGAUCGCCACGCGGGCAGAAGUUAAUAUCUGGGAUAUUUUCACAGCCAGACUAACGAUCCGGGCCACGGUAUUUGUAAAUGUUGCAGACUGGGCUUUGCGGAUUCGCGGUGAAUUUAUUCCUGGUGGUGCCCCUAAGCACCAAGCAGGAAGCAACGUUCAGGCCAGCCUAGGAGAUGCCAUUCGAAAUUUUGUGAACAGGUUAGCUGAUGAGGCUGUGAAACGGAUAAGUAAAGCCCAAGAUGCAGUGAACAAAGCAAAGGACAAGCUUACAAGUGCACAGAAAUGGUUGGAUGAUAAAAAAUCCGAGGUGGAUAAAGCUAACGUUGUCUUCGAUAGGGCUAUAGCUGGUUUAGAGCGAGCAAAGCAGAAGUUAGAGGCUGCAAAGGGUCCUUUCCGCAGAGCUCUUGCUAAACUCAACGCCGCACAGAAAAGAGUCGAUCGCUUAUGCAAAAUCAAAUCAUGUUCAAAGAUUUGUGUUCCUGGUAUAAAGUUUAAAAUAUGCAAAUGGGGAUGGUUUAGGUUUCCUUGUCCGAAGUUUACAAGCUGUAUGUUCAAGAUUCCAAACCCUUUGUGUGUGGCCGCGAAUUUGUUAUGCCAUGGUCUCAGGGCUAUUGCCUUUGCGGCAUUAGAAGUGGCUAAACUUUUCGUGAGAGUUCCCAUGCUUGCCUUGGACGCUGCCAAGUUCGCACUGUCUGUCGCACAAGUUGUUGUUGAUAAAUCGCGUAUUGUAUUGGAAGUCGUAAAAGUCGCCUUAGACGUUGCCAAGGGUCUUCUUGAAGUGGCUAAAGGAGGACUUAGUUUAGCAAAUGUUGCUCUAGAGGGGGUCAAAUUUGCCGUGAGAGCCGUGCAAUAUGCCAUCAACUUCAUUGUAAAAUAUGGCUUACAAAGUAUCAUCGACAUUGGUAAUUGUGGGUUUGAGAUUGAGUUAUCCACAAGAGACUUGUUUGAGUUCGAAAUAUUUUGUGAUGUUAAUCCAUUUAGGCUGGGCUGGCGAACCGUGCGUUUCCGUUUAAAUUUCCACAAUAUUUUGGGUAGUAUUUGGAAUGCAGCAAAAUCAUUGGUCAAUAGCUUUUUGGAUUCCUUAAAGAAUCUGUUUGGUCGUCGAAAGAGAGAAAUUAAUUACGAGGCAUUUUCAAGACUUCACAAGGCAUUCCGCUACAGACGACAGGCGGGAAAUGGAACGUUAGACGAAGAUUUGUUCGACAACCUUGAAGAUGGAGUCUUGAAUAACACCAUACUUACAAACACAACACGAGAGAGUGAACUUCAAUUCUGGAGAGAGCAAUGCUCUCGUUACUCCCCUGUGAGAAAUUUUCUGCAACAGAGCAUUGUAGAGUUGAAUAACGUCACAAAUGAGCUGGAGGCUUCCAUGCAAGAAGUUUCCAAUCGAGGUUCAGAAACAGUAGAGGUACGAAACUCCAUUAUUAACAUAAGUGUUAAUGACUCUGAGGUUGACUACACUGUGGCCGAAGAAGACUUCAACGUGACAAGAGAACAAGUUGUUAACGUUUUGAAUAGCGUAAAUGCAAAGAUGCAAGAUAAUGAUUUGGUAAAGGAAAGCAAAUCUGCAACCGACUAUGUCAUUCAAGGAAACGAAGAGGCACUGAACAGUUUUGCAAGCGCAGAAAUUUUACCUCUCUGGCGGGAAAGAAUGGAAAAUAUUACCCUGGAACUAUUGUCUACUGACGAGUGCUCUGGCUUUUAUGACUGUGUGGUUUGGAGCUUUGGAGAAAUAUACCAACUGGUGGACUCCGUCGACCCACAGCUUCUUCCAAGAGCUCAGCAAGAUUUACCCGCUUUGGAGGAACAUUUUUACAGCCUUUUUGAGAAUGACACAAAGAGCUUUACAGAACUGGUAGAUAUAACAACGGAAAUCUUAAACGAACUGGAAUUGUUGAGAGCUGAUGAGAUCUUCUGUGGUACCGUGCCAGAAAUCACAAAGGGUCCAAGAAACGUCACAGUUAGGUCAGGCGAAAGUGUCACGUUGACGUGCUCGGCUUCAAGCAUCCCCGAGCCCAGCUACUACUGGUUCUUGAACGAGGAAAUGUACGGCACUGGUGGGUCUCUAACACUGACGGUUGUGACGAGUGAGGAUGCCGGAGAGUACGUUUGUGUGGCUGGAAAUCACGUGGCUAACGUGACGUCCGACCCAGCCAUUGUCACAGUUAUUUCCCCUCCUACAGUUCUGUCUCAACCCCCAUCCCGAAUUGAAGCUCUGGUCGGCGACAAAGUGGUCAUUGUGUGCAGUAUUUCCGCUUCACCGGAGGCAAACAUAACAUGGCGUCUGGUCUCCGAUGAUGCCUUUAAAGUGGAAAAUAAAUCCCUAGUGUUGCUUUCCGUCCAGGAGUCAGAUGCUGGAGCUUAUAGAUGCGAUGCUGCAAACGAGUACGGCAAUGUUUCAACUAACGAAAUGACUCUUGAGGUCUUGGAAGCCAGACCUCUUUGUCCCACAGUGACAUUGAAGUUUGGGUUUAUAACAGCCGAGCCAAGCACAGUGAAAGAAAACGAAACAUUACUUCAAAAAGAUGUAAACAACGUGCCAUUACAGACAGCUUUCCGCGAGACCGUGAUGUUUCUUUCAAAUGUGACGACGUUACCAGUCACCGCAGACGUCAGCAUAACGACGUCAUCACCAAACGUCGCAUUGUUGUCUAUGACGGUCGGCUGUGGAGAAGUGCCUCUGACGUGUGUUUCCGCGAUCUGCCAGCAAAUUUACAGUGAUGCCCAUCAAUUCCUUCAACAAACCAUCACCAACCUUCAAGAAGUGAUCCUCUCUGACAAACCAUUGUUCAUCAAUCACGAAAAGGCAUUCUAUUUCAACCCUUCAAUUGUGAACGUACCGGAAGAGUCGAAUAGCUGUCCCAAAGGGUUUAAGGACAAUGACGCCCAGCUUUGUGUGAAAUUUGAUGAUGGAUCUCCACAGAACUUACGCAUUUCCAGAGCCAUUCGUUUCGGCCCGGUGACAACUUUAAUUCUGAACUGGGAUUCUCCAACACCAGCUGGCGAGAUUGUCAGCCAGCUAGGGUACGUUGUGGAAAUUUCCAACCUAAUGUACAGCCCAGCCAGUGUACAGAGGACGUUCUUCUCGUCGUUUGGUAUCUUACUUCAAGCGAAGGAUGGCGAGACUACUGUAAGAGUGAGGGCAGUUCAGGAGAAUCGACUCAGUCCUGCGGCUGAGAUUGUCAUCCCUGCUGUCGGCGAAGAAAACACAACCGCAUCAAAUCCCAUAUUUGCACCAGCGUAGGAUAACGGAACUCAUACAGAUGCUGCGUUACCAAAAGCUCAACGGCUAAAAGUCUCAAAGAUUUUAAACAAUUUACAUCAAUGUAUUUCUUUUUAUGAUUUUUCUUUACUAAUUACCGCUUUGUAUGCUUCAAUAA